AGAAACUAGAAACAGGAAAUAACUGACAGCAAAGUUAUUUCCUGCAAGCAAGCAGAUCUUCGUCAUUGUUUCUCCUCUACAGACCAACACACACACAGAGGAAUGGCUUCCGGCAACAGUCUUUUAUCUGAGGAGCAGCUUCUUUGUCCGAUCUGCCUGGAUGUGUUCAAUCGGCCAGUUUCCACACCAUGCGGACACAACUUCUGCUUGUCCUGUAUCACGGCCUACUGGGACGACAUCCCAGUCAGCCAGUGUCCCGUCUGUAAGGAAUCCUUUGAGAGGAGGCCCGACCUCAAGGUCAACACUUUCAUCUCCCAGCUCACGUCGCAGUUCAUGUCGCUUCAAUUGACCGACGCUCACGGACGGCAGCCUCGCUGUGGUGGAGCGGUGCUGUGUGACAUCUGUACCGACAGCCGGAGAGAGGCUCUCAGAUCCUGUCUGGAGUGUUUAACUUCCUACUGCGACGUCCACCUCGAGCCCCAUCACAGAGCUGCCGGCCUGAAGAGACACACGCUGGUGGAGCCCACGGCGAGCCUGGAGGACAGGAUCUGCAAGGAGCACAGCCGGCUGCUGACGGUGUUCUGCAAGAACGACGAGGUUCUGCUGUGUGACGUCUGCGCCGGUUCGCGCCACGCGAACCACGACGUUGUGUACGCGCUGCAUUUGUACAAAGAGAGGAAGGCUCUGCUGGAGGACACCGAGGUUCAAGUGCAGCAGAUGAUCCAGGAACGGGUGCAGAAGGUCCGAGACGUGACAGUGACGGUAGAACGAAGCAAGACGGAAACCAAAGAGGUGAUCGCCAGCGGCGUGCAGGACUUGGCGACGCUGGUCUCUGAGAUCCAGAAGAGCCAGACGGAGCUCGUGAAGGUGAUCGAGGAGAAGCAGAAAGCGGCGGAAGAACGAGCGGCCGGGUUGAUUCGCGGCGUGGAGAGAGAGAUCAGCGAGCUGCAGGAGACGACCACCAAGCUGAGGGAGCUGAAACAGACCGAAGACCCACUUGCGUUCCUCCACUGCUCCUCAAACCCAUCCCUCCUACCACGCACGAUGGACUUGUCCACAGUCAGCUUUAAUGGGCAAGUGGAAAUGCGCCACAUACAAAAAGUGUUGAGCAACUCGGUCUCUCAACUGCGAAUGUUGCUGAAAAAAUUGAGCACAGACAUUCAAAAUGUCUCCGACGGCUCUGACGUGUCUGACAGCGCGACGCUGAGACGUGUGCAGCAGUACGAGGUGGACGUCGUGCUGGACGCUGAGACCGCUCACCCUCGGCUCAUCUUAUCUGACGACAGGAAACAGGUGAGAUACAUGACGAGUUCAGGCAUCAAAGGAAGCCAGAACCCCAAAAUGUUCACUUCAAAGUUCGCAGUUCUGGGCCAGAGAGGCUUCUCGGCGCGUCGGUUUUACUUCGAGGUCUUCGUGGGCGGGAAGACGGAGUGGAUUCUGGGCGUGGCCGCGGCGUCCAUCCAGAGGAGGGGUGCGCCUGCGCAAAUAUCUCACUGUGGACUUUGGGAUAUCCAGUUCGUAAAGGAUAAGUUUAAAACCUUCACUUCUCCAAACUUGCCGGCACUCUUCGGGAAAGUGGAGCGGGUCGGCGUGUUUGUGGAUUAUGAAGGAGGGCAGAUCUCUUUCUACGACGUGAAGACCUCAACUCUCAUUUACUCCUUUACCGAGUGCGGCUUUACUGAAAAACUGCAUCCGUACUUCAACCCUUGUGACAAUGAACACGGUUCAAAUUUGGGGCCGAUGAUAAUCGUUCCUGUCCAUCGUACCGAGUGAACGGAAGUUUUAAGAGGAAUCAGUGAUCGUGAUAUUUACUGAAUGAAUUAAUCUAGUGCAGAUUGGUAGAUAAACUACGACAGUACAGCUGCCAUGUGUGCACCUUAUCACAUUGUGAAUAAGUGAGGUGGUGGUGGUUCCAGUUGGUUUGGUUGCAGAAAAUAUUUAUUUUUUAUUUUUUUACAGGAAACAUGUAAUUUCUGGGUAGGAUGUUUGAUAAAUUAAUUUGUGGUUUUUCUGGUGGACAGUUAUUCAUCAAACAUGAUACAAUACUUGAUUAAAAUUCACCAACAUGCCUCUUAGUUCAACACUUUUUUCUCCUUGGUCGUAUCAAUACACAUGUGGCGCUAACUUUAAGAAUUAUUUUGUCAAUAAAGUAACAAAACAUUCAACAGUCCAAAAUCUAUAAUAUCAAAUUCUCACAUUUGAAACAAGCAAAUGUCAUUUUUGCUUGAAAAUGUAUGAUAAACUGACAUUCAGUCACGUAUGUUGAAGACGAGGGGGACAUUAACUCAGGGUCCAGUGCUUGGAAGUGAGCCAUGUUACAGCUCAUAACAGCCUUUUCUCUCUAAAGACAUGUGAAUGUUUAUGCUGUUUUGGUUUCUAUGAUAACAUCAAAUGUAUUCUAUUGUGUUUUGUCACUUUCUUCUCUUUUUAAAGCUGUAUUUCUUCUGUAAUGGUAAUAACAGUUAUAUAGUCAGCUUGAUUACAUUUUAAUAAAGUAAAAAAGUGUAACUAAACCAGGCUACAUUUUCACUUCCAUCUUCAGAGAAAAGAACGAAAUUUUAUAAUGUCUCUCUUUUAUAUUAAAUUCCCCUCCUUCACGACCGUUAACGUCCGCC